AUGGAGUCUGACCGUCCUUAUUUUAACCUUGAAUCAAAAUUUGGCAGGCGUAUCGAUAUUGAGACUAGCAUUGAUGUCGAGGAAGUCGAAGGGGCAGUUCGGAGGGCCCGCCAUUCCAGGGCGCAUGUUAGCAAUACUGGACAGAAGCAGGAGACAAAUUUGCUCCUACGUCUUCCGGGUGAGCUUCGCAACAAGAUAUAUGAGCUCGCAUUGGGAAUAGACCAGGAUCCUGCAUCAAACAUUCGCGUCGUCUGCCCCAGUGACGGACACGAGUCUCUCUCCAAGGGUGCGAGUUUGCUACGUCUAUGCAAGCAAAUCACAGUCGAGGUUUGCUCGAAGCUCGAAACCCAAACCACGGCCUAUAUUCCCAUUAUGGCGCACUGGAACCUCAACAAACUGGUCUCUCAUAUAUACAAGACGGGAAGCGCAACCUUACCAGCACUCCAGAGUACCGUCUUCACCGGCCUCACCUCGUUCACACACGCACAUCUACAUCUUCACGUCUACCACGAGCCCUCUCCAUACUCGGGGGACCUCCAACCUAAAAUCGACCUGCGCGUGUCUAAUAUAUAUGGCGUCCUACGCCAAGCACUGAUUAUCUGGUGCACUGCCUCCAAGCAGAACUUUGCGCACUUGAGUAACGACGGUCGAAAGCGCAAAGCGAUUGUGCACCUCGACCAUCUCAUCUUCGAC